AUGGGAGUGGGUGGUGGGGAAGAAGACGAGGACACAGAAGGAGUGCGCUUGGUGAGGGAAGAAAGGACUACUGAUAAGCUACUGCACAAUGCAAAGAAGCACAAGGUCAGGGAGAUCAAUGAUCCCUGUGGGGUUGAAAUGGCUUCUGAGUCAAGAAAUCCAGAGGAAGACGAGAACAAAUUUAUCGUUCCCCACAUUGUCGUUACUCGAGCUUCCAACGAGAGGUUACACGAUGGAGCAUUAGGACAAGAUAUACAAAGAACCAUUAAGGAUCAGAUAGACUACGGUCCCUACUACCGCCACAGGAACCCCAGCACAAUUGAUGCAUACCUUCGAAAAGAACCUCCGAAACCUAAAUAA